UUUUUUAUUUACAUUUGUAUUGUAUAAAAUAAUAUUAUAGCAUAUAAAAAAAUGUGGUCUCUUGUUGUGUGGGAAGAGGAUGGUAAGUUCAUGAAAGAUUUAAUUCCACAUGUUUGGGUUGAAGGUGAUGUGCUUCGAUGGCCACCCAAGGGUCUUUCAGCUGACCGUGCCUCAUCAAAAAAAAUGGUACCAAAAAAUGAUUGGAGGCGCUACUCCAUUAUGAAAAUCAAAUUAACACAUUCUGACAAGCAAGAAUGCAUGACUUGCAACUACACUACAGCAGCUGAUAGUGGCAAUUACGAAAAUGCAGUUGAAGAAAACAGUGAUCUGAGCGUGUCUUUACCACAACCACCCUCACGUUUUAACUCAAGCGGAAAAGAACGCAAAAAGUGCAAUGCAAAAAGGGCUGUUCUUUCUUCUGAUUCGGAAAGUUAUGAUAGUGAAGUACGCCACAAGUUACCUGGAAAACAAAACAAACCUAGUUUUGAUAUAUCUGCAGUAAGCGUGUCUGAUGAUGGUUCAGAAGAUAAGGAAUUUAUUCCUAUGUCAAAUACAAGUUUUCAACGCUCAGUUCUUUCUUUUCAACAAAACGUUGUUCGAUGGAUGCGCAACAACAGGGGCUGCAGUGGGAACAGUUUAAUUAGCAGUCCAACUUCGCCUUGUUGGAGGAUACGAUUGGAGAGAUUGCGUCAAGAGCCUCGUGAAACGCGUUAUGAGCAGAGAUGUAAUGGGAACAAAUAAAAAAAUUAAAUUUGCAGAUUCAAAAGUAUACCGCCUUCUAUACAAUGCUGUGCUUCAUAACUUUCCAAAAACAACUGAAGCUGAGUUUUACAAGAUAAUUCAAAACGUUUUAAGAAAUGCUCCAGCACGCAAGAACACUGAACUAAAAUUAUAAUAUUUAAUAGUUUCAUUUUA